CCCCAUGUCUCCAUGUAAGUAAGUAAGUAAGUAAGUAAGUAUUGUACAGCAAACAAAUCAAUCGACCACCACGGUCCACCACCAACACCCUUCAACCACCACCCUCCACCCUCGCACCAAUCCCGCCAGCAAUCCAUCCAUCCAUCCAGCCCAUAAAGCCGCCGGUAACUACACACAUACAUGCAUUCCAGGGAGGCCUGCUCUGGCCCAAGCUUCCUCGUGAUCAGGAGUACAUGCUUCUGCUUCUGCUUCUGCUUUGCCACGAACGAACAACCGACCGGGCGACACUCACUCAUUCAUUCCUCCCUCGCUCAAACCCUGGCUCAAUCGCCGAAGCAGGAAGCACUCGUCGGAUCCCCCCAAGAGAGAUAGUGGGUAAGUCCGUCCGGUCCGAGGUGGGAGAAGGGAGAAGGGAGGGAGGGAGGGAGGGAGGGAGGGACACAUCACUCACUCACACUCACUUACGCAUAGCAAGCUCGUCCUGCGUCCUGGUUU